CUGAGGAUGCUGCUGCUGCUGUUCCCCAUGGCCUUUUUCUUGCCCCCUGGGGCUCAGGCUGGGGAGAUCAUUGGGGGACAGGAAGCCCGGCCUCACUCCAGACCCUACAUGGCCUUUGUGAAAAUAGAGAGAGAAGGAAAAGGAGGAAGCAUGUGUGGAGGGUUCCUGAUCAGGGAGGACGUGGUGGUGACAGCAGCUCAUUGUAACUGCAACCUGGGUAACAUCUCUGUACUGCUGGGGGCCCACAACUUUGCAAUAGGUGAACUGGGGAGGCAGAAGAUUUGGGUACGUCGCCGAAUCCCUCACCCUGAAUUCAAUGACGAGACAUUUGAAAAUGACAUCAUGCUGCUGCAGGCUGGCCAGAAGGACUCCAGCCCCGCUGGGCAGGUGGAGCCCAGGCCACAGUGGGUGGGCCAGACAGAAGACCUCAGCCCCGGCACGCUGAGGAAUAAGGCCAAGAUGACCCAGACUGUGGGCACCAUCUCCCUGUCCCAGGAGACGGUGAAGAAGGGGACAGUGUGCAGCGUGGCUGGCUGGGGCCAGACCAGUAUGAAGACAAAUGCCCAGCCCUCCCCAACCCUGCAAGAGGUGGAACUGAUGGUCAUGGGGAAAUGUAUGUGUCUGUCUCGGCCCUAUCUGCACUAUGUCCCGUCCAGGAUGCUGUGCGUGGGGGACCCCCAGGAGAGGAAGGCACCAUUCCUGGGUGACUCCGGGGGCCCCCUUGUCUGUGAUGGGAAGGCUACUGGCAUUGUCUCCCAUGGCACUGGUGACGGGUCGACUCCCAGUGUGUUUACUAAGCUCUCCAAAUACGUAUGCUGGAUCAAGAAAACUCUGCGCAAGCUGAAGCCUUAG